AGUGGGAGUUAUUGCGCGUUGUAUUCCGAUUAUGGCGGGAUUACGUGAACGUAAAAAGUUUUUAUGAAACUUUUGUAAAUUAAUCUAUGAACUAAUACUUACUUGAAUAAUAUUUAAACGCAACAAAAAUUUCUCAGGGUUACAUUAACGAUAAAUAAGUGAAAGUUCACCGGUCAGGAUGUCAGUUAAUUCAAAGUGGCGGUUACCUGACGUUUUUUGUGUUGGUGUUUUGAAUGGAUGUCGGAAUUACGUUUAAUUCGCAGCGCGGGAAUGGGUGUGUAAGUGUAUUGAGACUGUUAUCGAGAUGCCUUUCGUGCAGCGUGUGGUGGAACCUAAGUUUUUGUCGCGGACAAGUUUACGGGAUGAAGAAGGGAAGCCCAAAAUUACGGACGAGGAGUUACAAGCUGUUACAAACUGCACCCUCAGCAAUGCCUUGAGACAGCUCGCAUCCCUCGUGCUCCUAGCCGAGGAUAUAUUCAGCGAGCUGACGGCGCAACUGCAGGAAAUAACAGAGCGGUCGAAAACGGCGCAAACUAAAAUCGAAAAAAUUAACGAGAUAGUCGAAAAGUAUGAUCCGAAGAAGGUGCCAGUCCCGGAAGGAAGCCUGUCAGACUUUGCUCUCCGCAAAGUCCAAUACACGGCAAGCAAUCCAGUAAAAAAGGGCCUGUUCACACCUGACACGAGACCACCAAGUUUACGCAAGCUUUAUGAGAAGGCGACGACCGACCGACUCUCCGCGUCCAUAUUGGAACAGCUUCGAAGAGAUUCCCAACAUUCACCAUACCUGUUAUGCACACCUGUGCUGAGCACCAGGCGGCGAAGGGUCUAUCAUAAGAUCGACGUCGAAAUCGAGACUCGUAUUCCAUCGGUAGUAGAACAGCUCCGAAAAUGGACGUCGAAAGAGGCAGUGGGAGAAGUGACGGCGCUACCCGACGCAUCUAUGAGGAUAGCUAGCAGCGUUACUCUAACGCCAGACGAGCUAUCAGAAUGCGGCUCGGGUGAUGAAGAGCCGAUCGAUCACAAACUGCCCAGCCCCGAGGAACAACUUCGAGUCAUCGCUUCCAAAUUUCCUCCGGAAGUCGUUGCGAUCGACACAUCUGGCAAGUUCUUCGAUAGAAUGUGCAGUUCACGGAAGUCGCUCCACAUAGAGAACGGACCUGGUGAGACGGACACCGUGAAGCGACGGACACGCACUAGAAAACCUCGGGGUAAAAGACGAAACACCAUUUCGGGCACUGAUCAGAAAGAGCUUAGAGAGGCUAUAGCUGGCGAUACAUCAAAUGCUGUGGCUUCUGAAGAAAUUGAAGAUAACAACACUGUUAUGAGAUCGCGCUCUAGCGACUUGCUUAAGAAAAGUCCAAUUGACCCUGUGAUCAAGAAGGGACACUUCAAUUCAUUGAAACAAUGGGGGAAAAAUAGAUUUAAAAUUAUCGCUAGAUCACCCAGUGCCAGUAGGGAUAGCUUUAAAGACUCUAAAGCGGAAAAAUCUAAAGAUUCUAUUUCGCCUAUUAAACAAGAUGAAAACCAGGUUCAGGAAACCGUCACAAUACGCAAAAAACGAGAAGGUAGUGAAGACCGAAGGUCACAUCAAAGAUGCGCUUCUUACUCAUCUUCAGAAAAGAGUAUAGGAGUUCCUACCAGCGUACCUGCCACAGCAACUAUAAAUAGCGGGGUGAAACUUAGAGGGACAUCUGUCCAACGGAGACUAAGAAGGUCCGGCAUUGGUAAGGAUGAGCCGCACUCUUCAAGCGGUAAUUGGUCAGCAAGUUCAGAAUCUGGACGCACUAGUAUAGGUUCUGAAAUAACUACCACUACCGUACCGCCUAAAAGUACCACAUCUGCAGCAACAUCUAACAAUUCACUCAAUGCACACCAUGGGCCACCGAGCUCCAUCAUUAGUCGAAGACGAUUCCUCAAUACGUCUGGUUCUGGCAGCGUAACUAGCGAAGGUACCCUCACGCCCGAUAUAAUAAACGACAUGCACGAAGAUUUAGAAACCAGCUCUGAAUUUUCUUGUGAUACAGAAGGAUAUUACACAUCAUUCCAUAUGGACUCUGGUUUAAAGACCUUAAAGGAAGAGGACGUUAUUCCUAGUACUCCAAUGCAUACGAGUAAUGCUCUAUCCAAUUCGUCCAAUAGCCAAACUUUAACUGCGGAGAAUGAAUACGAACUAUUUGGCAAAGGUUCAACUAGUACAACUACUAGUUCUGCCGGAACUGUUUGCACGACAUUAAUGGCAGCCGGCAGUGAUAGAUCUUUAGUAAUAGGGCCUACCGUUCCUGAAAGAAAGAGUUCUUUGACAAAAAUGAAUAGAAAUCGAAAUAAUAACGUACAUAGCGGGAAUGCUAGCAUAGAUAGAAAUAUAACAUCCUCUUUUACAAGUUCUCCGUUCAGUAAAGUAAGGUAUAACUCUCUUCGGCCAUAUUCAGAUAAAAAACCUACUAAUCAUGCGACUUCUGAAAUAAACGAAAUAGUUCCAACAAUUACCAUAACGAAAAACGUUGGCAGUGAAAUAACAGCUGUUGCUGACGUUCAUACGGAGACUGAACUUGAAAGUGCAAAGAAAAGUACAGGAACCAAUUCUCCAGAUUCCGGGCAUAACACGUCUAGUUCACCUAUCGAAGAUUCGGUGUCUAGUGCCCACGGAAAGAAUAGCCUCUCGGAACAGGAUUAUUCUGAAUCAUCCGAUCUAGAAGGUACUGAAAGAAUUGAAAGGAUAAGGUACAAAACUACAAUAAAUAGCUCGAGAAUCCCGUCCAUGUGCGUUAUAACGCCAACUAAUUCAGAUGAUGAAAGCGAAAUUAGUAAUAAAGAUACUGAAACUAUACAAAAACUAAAUAAUGAAAAAACUCACGCAAGUCAAAUUGUAAAAUCAGCCAGUAGACCUAAAUUAGACUUACCUGUUGAAGAAAAACAUAAAGAAACUAAAGUACCAAGUGAAGGUACUAAGACAACUAGUAAAUUAACAAAUCAUAUGAACGCGAAGACUAGACAACCAUUUAAUAAUUUAAUGUGUAAAUUAAAAGGUGUUCUUCCAAACAAGUUAUCCAAUAAAAAAUCACCAGUUACUAAAGAACCUGAUUUUUGUGACGAUUUUUAUGACACGGGUGACUACGUGACGAUAGCCGAUGUUAAAAAUAAUAAUCAAAAACUAAGUCUUAAUAGUGGUAUUUAUGGCAAUAAUGAUAUUGUCAAAAAGAAUUUACAAACGGUGCUCUCGGGUAAACUUCCUGAAACAGAAUAUGUAUCACUCAACGAGUUGCCCAAUUAUUUGAAUGAUGGCAAAGACUACUUAGAGCAUGCUUUCGAAAACAAACCAUCGACAGCAAUGGAAGAAAUUCAAAGGAAAGGCGCAAAAGUCACUUUGGAUUCGCAAGGGCAAGUAAUAUACUCUUCAGAUACAUUGAAGCGUAGAAAAGGAGCACACACUACAUUCGAACCUGGUCCUUUCGUACAGGAAAUUAGUCCAACUACUACUGUUAUUCAGAGGGAAACAGCGGAUAUUGUUAAAGUUAUAGAUGAAACCGAUUUCCCUUAUGAACCAGUGCCGCCUUCAAGUAAACCUACAUCACCGCAAUUAGGGAAAAUGAUUAUUAAAGCACCAAUUGAGCCCGACGGUCCUAUUACUACAGAAUUCGUUACUCUACCGCCACCUAAACCCAGUACAAUUAUAACUGCUACACCAGUCACUGAAACACCAGUCACCAACAUUCAGCAACCACCUAAAACCACUAAACCAGAACACGAUUUACCGCGAAUAGUAGACGCAAUUACAAGAACUGGGGCGUAUGUACAUAUACAUGAUGCAGAGGGUGUCAGCCUAUCUCCGACGAAAGACGAUUCAGCAGACUAUCGACAUUCCAGUGCUGACAAACCCUAUUUGAAUGCACCGCAAAGCCUAGUUCAAGAUAAGGGACCAAUUGUCGACUUGAAUGCGAUUAACCCAACGCUGCAUCGAUACCACACUGCUCACCUACGCGGCAGACAUGGCGUUAUUAAUUAUGAUAAUUCAAAUGGCAAUGUACAAAACGAACAGAAAUUCUGGACACUACCAAAGCGCUCUGCAGAAUCUAUUUCCACUCGACCUUGGUCUGAAAAGGCGAGCAGUGAUCGGACAAACACUAGUACAGAAAUACAUAUAAUACCAGAAAGGUCACAAAAACCAAAGGAUCAGUUAAUUAAAGCGUCGCCAAUAGAUAUAAGAACAACCGGAACUUUUAAAUCAUCGACUCCGUCCAAUAAAGAAAAUAUAGCAGAUCUAAGUUGUAAAAUGUUGUCGCCCGUCAAGUCAUCUAUGACCAAUGAUGAACUUUAUGCUGUUAUACAUAAAAGCAAAAAGAAACUUAAUAUACGGGAAACUCCAGAAAGAGCAGAGUCUCCUGCUUUGUCUACGAUAAGUUUAUCCCCAGUUAAUUCUGAAUCAUCCUUGUACAUUAAAGGCACCCAAAGAUAUCCUGAAACAGGCUAUCUCGGCGAUCCGAGGACAAGAAUGAGUUGGUCACCUGCAGACAAACAGUCUUACCCAAUCACACCAGGAUAUGGUUUUGGAACCCAGAAGCAAGAAACAACGUGCGCUGACAGAUAUGGGCCGAUAGCACAAACUUCGCGACUAGAUUUCAAAAAACUUUUGUUGCAGCAUAGUGUUAAACUCAACACGUUGCAGCCUCAAAACAAGUCUACAAAACUUUCGGCGGUAGAACAACUUAAACUGUCCAAGGAAAAGCCUCAAAACCAAUCCAUACAAAUCGCAAAUAGGUCACAAAUUAAUAUUCUAGAUCUUAGUGGUUCUCCAAAAACAUAUACAUCUCGAAAAGUUAUGAAACCUAAUGUUCAGCCAGCUUCACCAGGAAGAUCAGGUGCACUAAUAAAGGAUCAUAAAAAUGCACCAAAAAUAUUAUUGUCACCCAAAUCACAAUGGAGGUUUUCCAGCCCUAGAUCUGAUGUUUUAUCCACCCCUAUACCUGAAGCUUACAAUGAAGACGAAAACUCUAAUAGUUCCGGUGAGAGAAAUGACAUUUCUGUUACCAGCCCACCGCCUAAAACAGUUCCUAUUGUGACUAAUCAACAUUUUGGAGCGCGAAGAAACUUGAUACCGAUUAAUGAAAGUAAUUUAGAAAUGUUAAAUGAGUUUCCAGAAUCUGUAGACCAAGGAGUAUUCCCAUUAAACUCCGAUUUUAACAAAUCGCAUGGGCUAUCAAGGACUGAAAUAAUGCAAGCAAAGCGAGCUGAAUUCUUCAACAGCCCUCCCGAUCAGUCGCCCCCGAAAUUAACUUCUUUCAAAAGUCCAUCCUCGGGUCCGUCUAACGUUAGAAGUAAAAUCUCACCAGAGAAAGGAAAAGUCUCACCCACCACGUUAGAAACUGCAUUAUAACACAUGGCAAGUCAAGAUAUAAAAGCGGUGCUUUCAAAUUACUGAUGAAUACAGAUUUUUUAAAUGAGGCAAUGAAAUUGAUAGAAGCUUUAAUCUAGUCUUUUCUUGCUAGCAAUGCCACUUUUGCAGGCACUUGCAUUUUGAAAACAGUGUUGCACUUGAUGUAAAUGCAUUUGAGCUCAAAAUUCCUUUUUUAUUGCUCUCUGGGGCCAAUUUUGUUUUCUGUAUUGAUUAUUCUACAACUACUCGGUUAUAAAACUUAGUACGUAAGUUAUUUAUUGACUACAUUAUAGGUAGUGUAAGUAGUGUUUUGAAACUUUUUCAAAGUUUUUAAGUUAUUCUAAAUACAAUUUAAUUAAAACGUGUUGAAUAAUA